AGCACUGAUGGGUUCUGGAAAUCAGUGGCCAGGCACGUUCCAAGGGAGCCCAGCGACAUGCGCAUCCUGAACCCCUACUUCAUUCAGGAGGCCUCCUUCAAGCUAAUUGGCUUACCUCGCAACAAUGGACAGAUGGGUAGAGGGAAUAUCCCAACCCUGGGGACAGUUGCCAUAACGAUGGCCCUUCAUAACUGUGAUGAAGUGGCUGUGGCUGGAUUUGGCUACAACAUGAGCACCCCUCAUGCCCCUCUGCACUAUUAUGAGAAGAUCCGGAUGUCAGCUAUUAAAGAGGUCAGAGCUGCUUGGCCCCGCCCCCUGGCAUGUAUAAUUGAGACAGUGAGGAAAUUCACUAAUUUCUACAGUCCUGUAUUAGCACACAUAGACUGAUCCUUUUUAAUGGUAGGUUGCAUUAUCCACCAUGAUGUUUAUGAGCCUGUUUUGAGUUUUUGUAAAUU